AUGGCACCAAGGUCGCCAGUAGAUAGUCCGCUUGUCAAGGACUCUCGUCUUUUGAUAAAAAAAGAUGUUUUCUUCAGACCUUAUGUUCUGCCGUUCAUGCCGCUAUACGCCACCUUUGCACAUCUGUAUUUUAAGGACUACGAACGUUAUAUCAGCGGAGGUGAAUGGACUUUCGUUUACCUAGGUGGUAUCGUGUCACUUAACAUCUUGGUGAUGCUGCUUCCAUACUGGAAUGUCAACAUCGCCAGCUAUUUCAAUUACGCCAACGCCUCCAGUCUUGCCGAAGCUUCUUUCAUCCUGAUCCACACGACUCCCAAUAACGGCGCCGACGAUAUCGUCGAGAUUCAGCGUGUACAGGAAGGCGGUCAUUUGCAGGUCUUCUUCCAGUUCCAGAAGAAGAGAUUUCUCCUCAACGCCGAUGAAGGUGUUUUCACAAGUCCCAAAUUCGUUGUGGACGAAUCCCCUAAGAUCGGGGUCUUUCAGGACUGCAAAGGCCACUCUGGCGACUUGACCCACUUGAAAAGAUUGUACGGCCCCAACUCUUUCGACAUUCCUGUUCCUUCUUUCACUGAGCUUUUCAAAGAACACGCUGUCGCUCCCUUCUUCGUUUUUCAGAUCUUUUGUGUCUGUCUGUGGCUGCUUGAUGACUUGUGGUACUACUCCCUCUUCAAUCUGUUCAUGAUUAUCGCUAUGGAGGCUGCAGCAGUCUUCCAAAGGUUAACAACGUUGCGCGAGUUUAGAACUAUGGGCGUGAAACCUUACCCAAUUCAUGUCUUCCGUAACGGUAAAUGGUCCUCAGUUGAAACGACUGAACUCCUUCCUAUGGAUCUUGUUUCUAUCACAAGAACUGCUGAAGACAGCGCUAUUCCAUGUGAUUUAGUUCUUUUGGAGGGAUCCUGUAUUGUAAACGAGGCAAUGUUAUCUGGUGAGUCCACUCCUUUGCUCAAAGAGUCAAUUAAACUUCGCCCUCACGACGAUCUUUUGGAUUUAGAGGGCCUAGACAAGAACUCCGUGCUGCAUGGGGGUACAAAGGCUCUUCAAGUUAACGCUUCCGAAAAGUUGUCUUCGAUUCCUGCUCCUCCUGACGAUGGAGCUUUGGCAGUAGUCACCAAAACAGGAUUUGAAACCUCACAAGGCAGUCUUGUUCGCGUUAUGAUAUACUCUGCAGAGCGCGUUUCUGUGGGAAACAAAGAGGCGCUCUACUUUAUUCUGUUUUUAUUGAUUUUCGCUAUCGCUGCCUCCUGGUACGUCUGGACUGAAGGUACUAAAAUGGGCAGAAUCCAAUCCAAACUAAUUGUUGACUGUAUUUUGAUUAUCACCUCGGUUGUUCCCCCUGAGUUACCUAUGGAGCUUACGAUGGCUGUGAAUACUUCUCUGGCGGCUUUAUCGAAGUUCUACGUUUACUGCACCGAACCGUUCAGAAUCCCAUUAGCGGGACGGAUUGAUGUCUGUUGUUUUGACAAGACUGGAACACUAACCGGCGAGGACCUUGUUUUUGAAGGCCUUGCAGGGAUAAACGAAGAAAGUGAGAAGGUUGAUGCCUUGUCACCAGCCGAUGAUGCAUCCUUGAAGACGACUCUUGUUGUUGGAGCUGCUCACGCGCUUGUACUUUUGGAGGACGGCGAAGUCGUUGGCGACCCAAUGGAAAAGGCAACUUUGAAGGCUUGCAACUGGAAGGUUGGUGCUAAAGAUACUGUGCAAAAAGAAAAUAUUGGCAAGAUCGAAAUUUUACGCCGCUUCCAAUUUUCCUCUGCUUUGAAAAGAUCUUCUUCUGUUGCUAAGCACAACAACAAAAUGUUUGUUGCUGUGAAAGGUGCUCCAGAAACCAUUCGCGAAAGACUCACCACGGUUCCCUCUAACUACGACCACAUCUACAAACAUUUCACUCGCGCAGGAUCCAGAGUGCUUGCUCUUGCUUCAAAGGAUCUCUCAAACUUAUCAAGCAAGCAAGUCGAGAACCUUGACCGUAAAGACAUGGAGGUCGACCUCGAAUUUAGUGGCUUUUUGGUAUUCCAGUGCCCAUUGAAGGAAGAUGCUACUGAAACUAUAAAGAUGUUGAACGAAUCCUCUCACCGCUGUAUAAUGAUCACUGGUGACAACCCCUUAACUGCGGUUCAUGUUGCGAAAGAGGUUGGUAUAGCCGAAAGAGAGUGCCUGAUCGUUGAUGAACCCGUCGAUGGAUCUAAUCACUCUUUGGUUCUGAGAAACGUUAACGAAACGAUAAUGAUGCCAUUCAACCCAGAAAGCGACACCUUCGAGCACGCUGAAAUCUUUGCUAAAUAUGACCUUGCUGUCACCGGACAUGCGCUGGCUAAGCUCAGUGGACAUCAUCAACUGAACGAACUCAUUCGUCACACUUGGAUUUAUGCCCGUGUUUCUCCAGCCCAAAAAGAAUUUAUUCUAAACAGCUUGAAGGAUAUGGGCUACCAAACUUUGAUGUGUGGUGAUGGUACAAACGAUGUUGGUGCAUUAAAACAAGCUCAUGUUGGUAUUGCAUUGCUGAAUGGUACAGAAGAAGGAUUAAAAAAGCUGAACGACCAACGCCGUAUUGACGGCAUGAAGGGCAUGUACGACAAGCAGUGUCAAUUUAUGGAAAGAUGGGGUCAACCUAAUCCACCCGUUCCUGAGCCUAUUGCGCACUUGUAUCCUCCUGGUCCCUCUAACCCUAACUACCUAAAAGCUUUGGAAAAGAAGGGAUUACAGAUAACACCCGAAAUGAGAAAGCUUGCCGCCGAGGCCGCUUCAAAACCAGUUGUUACGAAAAAAGCGGAACCAUCAAAUCCAAAGGCUAGCGACUUGGCAGACAUGGUUAUGGGAUCACUUGGAGAAGCCGAUGGUGAAGAUGCCCCCUCUCUAAAAUUAGGAGACGCUUCAUGUGCAGCGCCAUUUACCUCGAAACUUGCUAAUGUGUCUGCUGUUACCAAUAUCAUUAGACAGGGGCGUUGCGCACUUAUCAACACAAUUCAAAUGUACAAAAUCCUUGCUCUAAACUGUCUGAUCAGUGCCUACUCACUGUCUGUCAUUUACCUAGCCGGUGUUAAGUUUGGUGACGGACAAGCCACUACUUCUGGUCUCCUUUUAUCGGUUUGUUUCCUCAGUAUCUCCCGCGGUAAGCCACUUGAAAAGCUUUCAAAGGAGAGACCUCAACCUGGCAUUUUUAACAUUUACAUCAUGGGAUCGAUUCUCGGGCAAUUUGCCGUGCAUAUUGCAACCCUGGUUUACAUCACAUUAGAAAUUUACAAACUUGAGCCUCGUGAGCCUCAAAUCGAUCUGGAAAAGACUUUCACUCCUUCGUUGCUGAACACUGGUAUUUUCAUGAUUCAGUUGACUCAGCAGGUUUCAACUUUUGCUGUCAACUAUCAGGGUGAACCCUUUAGAGAGAGCAUUAGAAGCAACAAAGGCAUGUACUACGGGUUGCUUGCCGUCGGAGGUCUGGCUCUUGCAGGUGCUACCGAAUUUUCUCCAGAAUUGAACGCGACCAUGAAGUUUGUACCUAUGGAGGAUCUUUUCAAGAUUAAACUAACAGCCACACUGCUCAUAGACUUUUUCGGGAGCUGGGCAGUAGAACUCGUGUUCAAGUACUUCUUCAUGGAUUCUAAAGCCGCUGAUAUUGCUGCCCGCGAUUGA